UGGAGCUAUUGCAGGCAGAGGAAUGGGCUGGGGCACAGCUUGGGUUUUCUCUCCCUGGCUCUGAGGACUUUGAAGCCCCUGGACAACUUGAUAGCAGGACGGCCCAGAGUCUGAGCAGAUCCAUCCAGCAGUUGCGCAGGAAAAUGGCUUAGGAGUGAGAGGUGGCACCACUGAGUAGCGACUGGGUUUCCUCAAGGGACCUUGGAGAUACAGCCCCUGUUUGUAUGGGCAAGAUGAACCCUUUCAGGUAUGAGAUCUGCCUGCUUGUUCUGGCCCUCACCUGGCCAGGGACCCUCUGCACAGAAAAGCCCCGUGACAGGCCGUCGACGGCCCGAUGCAGCCUCUUUGGGGACGACUUCAUCAACACGUUUGAUGAGACCAUGUACAGCUUCGCAGGGGGCUGCAGUUAUCUCCUGGCUGGGGACUGCCAGAAACGUUCCUUCACCAUUCUCGGGAACUUCCAAGAUGGCAAGAGAAUGAGCCUGUCUGUGUAUCUUGGGGAGUUUUUUGACAUCCAUUUGUUUGCCAAUGGCACCGUGAUGCAGGGCGACCAAAGCAUCUCCAUGCCCUAUGCCUCCCAAGGACUCUACCUAGAACUCGAGGCUGGGUACUAUAAGCUUUCCAGCGAGGCCUUUGGCUUUGUGGCCAGAAUCGAUGGCAAUGCCAACUUCCAAGUCCUGAUGUCAGACAGACACUUCAACAAGACCUGUGGGCUGUGCGGUGACUUUAACAUCUUCGCAGAAGAUGACUUUAGGACGCAGGAGGGGACCUUGACCUCAGACCCCUAUGAUUUUGCCAACUCCUGGGCCCUGAGCAGUGAGGAACAGCGGUGUAAACGGGCAUCUCCUCCCAGCAGGAACUGUGAGAGCUCCUCUGGGGACAUGCAUCAGCGUUGGGAGACUCCUUUGAUUUGUCUUUCAGGUCCAGCUUGCCCAGCUGGCAUGGAAUAUAAGGAGUGUGUGUCUCCUUGCCCCAGAACCUGCCAGAGCCUGUCUAUCAAUGAAGUGUGUCAGCAGCAAUGUGUAGACGGCUGUAGCUGCCCUGAGGGAGAGCUCUUGGAUGAAGACCGAUGUGUGCAGAGCUCCGACUGUCCUUGCGUGCACGCUGGGAAGCGGUACCCUCCUGGCACCUCCCUCUCUCAGGACUGCAACACUUGGGACACGGUAUGGGAGGAGAUGGCUAAGUGGGGUGGGGGACAGCAGGGUCCCCUCCUUUAUGUGGCCGAGGCUGCGUCCCGGCCCGAUGGGGUUGUGGUAAGGUCACUCUGCAUUUCCAUGUCUCAGUGUGCCGAUGACCCUGAUGCUGUCUGCACCCGCUCGGUCAGUGUGCGGCUGUCUGCCCUGCACAACAGCCUCGUGAAACUGAAGCACGGGGGAGCAGUGGGCAUCGAUGGCCAGGACGUCCAGCUCCCCUUCCUGCAAGGUGACCUCCGCAUCCAGCACACAGUGAUGGCUUCUGUACGCCUCAGCUAUGCGGAGAACCUGCAGAUGGACUGGGAUGGCCGUGGGCGGCUACUGGUUAAGCUGUCCCCAGUCUAUUCUGGGAAGACCUGUGGCUUGUGUGGGAAUUACAACGGCAACAAGGGAGACGACUUCCUCACGCCGGCCGGCUUGGUGGAGCCCCUGGUGGUAGACUUCGGAAACGCCUGGAAGCUUCAAGGGGACUGUCCGGACCUGCACAGGCAACACAGCGACCCCUGCAGCCUGAAUCCACGCUUGACCAGGUUUGCAGAGGAGGCUUGUGCGCUCCUGACGUCCUCCAAGUUCGAGGCCUGCCAUCACGCAGUCAGCCCUCUGCCCUAUCUGCAGAACUGCCGUUAUGAUGUUUGCUCCUGCUCCGACGGCCGGGAUUGCCUGUGUAGCGCAGUAGCUAACUAUGCUGCCGAGUGUGCCCGAAAAGGCGUGCACAUCGGGUGGCGGGAGCCUGGCUUCUGUGCUCUGGGCUGUCCACAGGGCCAGGUGUACCUGCAGUGUGGGAAUUCCUGCAACCUGACCUGCCGCUCCCUCUCCCUCCCGGAUGAAGAAUGCAGUGAAGUCUGUCUUGAAGGCUGCUUCUGCCCACCAGGGCUCUACCAGGAUGAAAGAGGGGACUGUGUGCCCAAGGCCCAGUGCCCCUGCUACUAUGAUGGUGAGCUCUUCCAGCCUGCGGACAUUUUCUCAGACCACCAUACCAUGUGUUACUGUGAAGAUGGCUUCAUGCACUGUACCACAAGUGGCACCCCGGGGAGCCUGUUGCCUGCCACUGUCCUCAGCAGUCCCCUGUCUCACCGUAGCAAAAGGAGCCUUUCCUGCCGGCCACCCAUGGUCAAGCUGGUGUGUCCUGCUGACAACCCACGGGCUCAAGGGCUGGAGUGUGCUAAGACGUGCCAGAACUACGACCUGGAGUGUAUGAGCCUGGGCUGUGUGUCUGGCUGCCUCUGUCCCCCAGGCAUGGUGAGUCACUGCAUUCUUGGAGGGGCACCUUCCCAUCCAUGUUCCUGUAGGCCAUGUGUCUGCCGGGAGCGGAAGUGGAACUGCACGAACCACGUGUGUGACGCCACUUGCUCUGCCAUUGGUAUGGCCCACUACCUCACCUUCGAUGGACUCAAGUACCUGUUCCCGGGGGAGUGCCAGUAUAUUCUGGUGCAGGAUUACUGUGGCAGUAACCCUGGGACCUUUCAGAUCCUGGUGGGAAAUGAGGGUUGCAGUUAUCCCUCAGUGAAGUGCAGGAAGCGGGUGACCAUCCUGGUGGAUGGAGGGGAGAUUGAACUGUUUGACGGAGAGGUGAACGUUAAGAGGCCCCUGAGAGAUGAAUCUCACUUUGAGGUGGUGGAGUCGGGCCGGUACGUCAUCCUGCUGCUGGGUCAGGCCCUUUCUGUGGUCUGGGACCACCACCUCAGCAUCUCUGUGGUCCUGAAGCACACAUACCAGGAACAGGUGUGUGGCCUCUGUGGGAACUUUGAUGGCAUCCAGAACAAUGACUUCACCAGCAGCAGCCUCCAGGUGGAGGAAGACCCCGUCAACUUUGGGAACUCCUGGAAAGUGAGCUCACAGUGUGCCGACACAAGAAAGGUGGACCCUGAGCCAUACCUGGACAUCUGUAUUUAUGACACUUGCUCCUGUGAGUCCAUCGGGGACUGCGCCUGUUUCUGUGACACCAUUGCUGCCUAUGCCCACGUGUGUGCCCAGCAUGGCCAGGUGGUAGCCUGGAGGACACCCACACUGUGNNCCCAGAGCUGUGAAGAAAAGAAUGUUCGGGAAAAUGGCUAUGAGUGUGAGUGGCGUUAUAACAGCUGUGCGCCGGCUUGCCCAGUCACGUGUCAGCACCCUGAGCCUCUGGCUUGCCCUGUGCAGUGUGUGGAGGGUUGUCAUGCACAUUGCCCUCCAGGGAGAAUCCUGGAUGAACUUCUGCAGACCUGCGUAGACCCCCAAGACUGCCCCGUGUGUGAGGUGGCUGGUCGGCGCUUGGCUCCUGGAAAGAAAAUCACCUUGAGUCCUGAUGACCCUGCACACUGUCAGAAUUGUCACUGUGAUGGUGUGAACCUUACGUGUGAAGCCUGCCAAGAGCCUGGAGGCCUGGUGGUACCCCCAACUGAUGCCCCAGUCAGCUCUACCACCCCAUAUGUUGAGGAUACCCCUGAGCCCCCCCUGCACAACUUCUACUGCAGCAAGCUGCUGGAUCUUGUCUUCCUGCUGGAUGGCUCCUCUAUGUUGUCCGAGGCUGAGUUUGAAGUGCUCAAAGCUUUUGUGGUGGGCAUGAUGGAGAGGUUACACAUCUCUCAGAAGCGCAUCCGNGUGGCAGUGGUAGAGUACCAUGACGGCUCCCGUGCCUACCUUGAGCUCAAGGCCCGGAAGCGACCNUCAGAGCUUCGGCGCAUCACCAGCCAGAUUAAGUAUACAGGCAGCCAGGUGGCCUCUACCAGUGAGGUUUUGAAGUACACACUGUUCCAGAUCUUUGGCAAAAUUGAUCGCCCUGAAGCCUCCCAUAUCACUCUGCUCCUGACUGCUAGCCAGGAGCCCCCACGGAUGGCUAGGAAUUUGGUCCGCUAUGUCCAAGGUCUGAAGAAGAAGAAGGUUAUCGUGAUCCCUGUGGGCAUUGGGCCGCACGUCAGCCUCAAACAGAUCCGCCUCAUCGAGAAGCAGGCCCCCGAAAACAAGGCCUUUCUGCUCAGUGGGGUGGAUGAGCUGGAGCAGAGAAGAGAUGAGAUAAUCAGCUACCUCUGUGACCUUGCUCCUGAGGCCCCAGCCCCAACUCAGCCUCCACAGGUAGCCCACGUCACCGUGAGUCCAGGGGUCGCUGGGAUCUCAUCACCGGGACCAAAGAGGAANUCCAUGGUUCUGGAUGUGGUGUUUGUCCUGGAGGGGUCAGACGAAGUUGGUGAAGCCAACUUCAAUAAGAGCAAGGAGUUCGUGGAGGAGGUAAUCCAGCACAUGGAUGUGAGCCCGGAUGCAACUCGCAUCUCAGUACUGCAGUAUUCCUACACGGUAACCAUGGAGUAUGCCUUCAAUGGGGCCCAGUCCAAGGAGGAGGUGCUGCGGCACGUGCGANAGAUCCGCUACCAGGGCGGCAAUAGGACAAACACUGGGCAGGCCCUGCAGUACCUUUCUGAGCAUAGCUUCUCUCCCAGCCAAGGGGACCGGGUAGAGGCACCUAACCUGGUCUACAUGGUCACNGGGAACCCCGCCUCUGAUGAGAUCAAGAGGUUGCCUGGAGACAUCCAGGUGGUACCCAUUGGGGUGGGCCCCCAUGCCAACAUGCAGGAACUGGAGAGGAUCAGCAGGCCCAUCGCUCCCAUCUUCAUCCGGGACUUUGAGACACUUCCCCGAGAGGCUCCUGACCUGGUUCUGCAGACAUGCUGCUCCAAGGAGGGUCUGCAACUGCCCACCCUCCCCCCUCUCCCUGACUGCAGCCAACCCCUGGAUGUGGUCCUGCUCCUGGAUGGCUCCUCUAGCUUGCCAGAGUCUUCCUUUGAUAAAAUGAAGAGUUUUGCCAAGGCUUUCAUUUCAAAGGCCAACAUUGGGCCCCACNUCACGCAGGUGUCCGUGAUACAGUAUGGAAGCAUCAAUACCAUUGAUGUGCCGUGGAAUGUGGCCCAGGAGAAAGCCCAUCUACAGAGUUUGGUGGACCUCAUGCAGCAGGAGGGUGGCCCCAGCCAGAUUGGGGAUGCUCUGGCCUUUGCUGUGCGCUAUGUAACUUCACAAAUCCACGGAGCCAGGCCUGGAGCCUCCAAAGCAGUGGUCAUCAUNGUCAUGGAUACCUCCUUGGAUCCCGUGGACACAGCAGCAGAUGCUGCCAGAUCCAAUCGUGUGGCAGUGUUCCCAGUUGGGGUUGGGGAUCGGUAUGAUGAAGCCCAGCUGAGGAUCUUGGCAGGCCCUGGGGCCAGCUCCAAUGUGGUAAAGCUCCGGCAAGUUGAAGACCUCUCCACCAUGGCCACCCUGGGCAACUCCUUCUUCCACAAACUGUGUUCUGGUGAGUCUUCUGAUACGGUGACUCUGAGAUACCAGAAUGUGGAGAAAAUGAGAGAGGAGACAUGCNUGAGAUGGGCUGGAUACCGUCCGCCUAGCGUUGGCUUUCCCCACUCAGGUGUGUGCACGGGCAGUUCCACUCGGCACAUCGUCACCUUCGAUGGGCAGAAUUUCAAGCUGACCGGCAGCUGCUCCUACGUCAUCUUUCAAAACAAGGAGCAGGACCUGGAAGUGCUCCUCCACAAUGGGGCCUGCAGCCCCGGGGCAAAGCAAGCCUGCAUGAAGUCCAUUGAGGUUAAGCAUGCUGGNGUCUCUGUUGAGCUGCACAGUAACAUGGAGAUGGCAGUGGAUGGGAGACUGGUCCUUGCCCCGUACGUGGGUGAAAACAUGGAAGUCAGCAUCUAUGGCGCUAUCAUGUAUGAAGUCAGGUUUACCCAUCUUGGCCACAUCCUCACAUACACACCACAAAANAACGAGUUCCAACUGCAGCUUAGCCCCAAGACCUUUGCUUCAAAGAUGUAUGGUCUUUGCGGAAUCUGUGAUGAAAAUGGGGCCAAUGACUUCACGUUGCGAGAUGGCACGGUCACCACAGACUGGAAAAGGCUUGUCCAGGAAUGGACGGUGCAGCAGGCGGGGUACACAUGCCAGGCUGUUCCUGAGGAGCAGUGUCCCGUCUCUGACAGCUCCCACUGCCAGGUCCUCCUCUCAGCGUCGUUUGCUGAAUGCCACAAGGUCAUCUCUCCAGCCACAUUCCAUACCAUCUGCCAGCAAGACAGUUGCCACCAGGAGCGAGUGUGUGAGGUGAUUGCUUCUUACGCCCAUCUCUGUCGGACCAGUGGGGUCUGUGUUGAUUGGAGGACAACUGAUUUCUGUGCUAUGUCAUGCCCACCGUCUCUGGUGUAUAACCACUGUGAGCGUGGCUGCCCUCGGCGCUGCGAUGGGAACACUAGCUUCUGUGGGGACCAUCCCUCAGAAGGCUGCUUCUGUCCCCAACACCAAGUCUUUCUGGAAGGCAGCUGUGUCCCCGAGGAGGCCUGCACUCAGUGUGUUGGUGAGGAUGGAGUCCGACAUCAGUUCCUAGAGACCUGGGUCCCAGACCAUCAGCCCUGUCAGAUCUGCAUGUGCCUCAGUGGGAGGAAGAUUAACUGCACUGCCCAGCCGUGUCCCACAGCCCGAGCUCCCACGUGUGGCCCAUGUGAAGUGGCUCGCCUCAAGCAGAGCGCAAACCUGUGCUGCCCAGAGUAUGAGUGUGUGUGUGACCUGGUCAACUGCAACUUGCCUCCAGUGCCUCCGUGUGAAGGAGGGCUCCAGCCAACCCUGACCAACCCUGGAGAAUGCAGACCCACCUUUACCUGUGCCUGCAGGAAAGAAGAGUGCAAAAGAGUGUCCCCACCCUCCUGCCCCCCUCACCGGACACCCACCCUUCGGAAGACCCAGUGCUGUGAUGAAUACGAGUGUGCUUGCAGCUGUGUCAACUCCACGCUGAGCUGCCCACUUGGCUACCUGGCCUCGGCCACUACCAAUGACUGCGGCUGCACCACAACCACCUGUCUCCCUGACAAGGUUUGUGUCCACCGAGGCACCGUCUACCCUGUGGGCCAGUUCUGGGAGGAGGGCUGUGACACGUGCACCUGUACCGACAUGGAGGAUACUGUUGUGGGCCUGCGUGUGGCCCAGUGCUCUCAAAGGCCCUGUGAAGACAGCUGUCAGCCACCCGGGAAGAGUGUGAUGGUUGACCUAUGCACCACCUGCCGCUGCAUCGUGCAGACAGAUGCCAUCUCCAGAUUCAAGCUGGAGUGCAGGAAGACUACCUGUGAGGCCUGCCCCAUGGGCUAUCGGGAAGAGAAGAGCCAGGGUGAAUGCUGUGGGAGAUGCUUGCCUACAGCUUGCACUAUUCAGCUAAGAGGAGGACGGAUCAUGACCCUGAAGCAAGAUGAGACAUUUCAGGAUGGCUGUGACAGUCAUUUGUGCAGGGUCAACGAGAGAGGAGAGUACAUCUGGGAGAAGAGGGUCACGGGCUGCCCACCAUUCAAUGAACACAAGUGUCUGGCUGAAGGAGGAAAAAUUGUGAAAAUUCCAGGCACCUGCUGUGACACAUGUGAGGAGCCUGAUUGCAAAGACAUCACAGCCAAGGUGCAGUACAUCAAAGUGGGAGAUUGUAAGUCCCAAGAGGAAGUGGACAUUCAUUANUGCCAGGGAAAGUGUGCCAGCAAAGCUGUGUACUCCAUUGACAUCGAGGAUGUGCAGGAGCAAUGCUCCUGCUGCCUGCCCUCNAGGACAGAGCCCAUGCGCGUGCCCUUGCACUGCAUCAAUGGCUCUGUCGUGUACCACGAGGUCAUCAACGCCAUGCAGUGCAGGUGUUCUCCCCGGAACUGCAGCAAGUGAGGCCUGUGCAGCUACAGCGGAUUCCUACUGAUGCCCAUGCUAUGGCCUGACUAGCCAGAGAACCAGAUCCCUUCCUUGUGCCUCCUGCCCUUUGUGCCCUCCUGGGCCCACAAUAAAGGCCAAGUUCUCAUCUUAA